AUGGGUGGCUACCUGAGCACCAACCGGACAGCGUCGUCCACUACUAACAACGAACAACACAAACCGCGCAAGAACGACGCUCCCCUCGAAACGGGCCGUUUCACCUUCCCCCCAGAAUGGCACCCACAUCUUGCAACCAUGAUGGGCUUCCCUUCCAGAGCCUCCUGUCUAGAAUUCUUGUGGGAGAAGAACUGCGAGGAGAUCGUUGACCUUGCCGCGGCAAUUGCAGAGUUUGAGCCGGUGCGACUGUAUACUCGCCCUGAAGAUAUUGAAUAUGCCCAAGAUCUCAUCAACAGGAAAGUACGCAUCCCAUCAAAGGUGCACGUUAUUCCCAUCCCAAUCAACCACUGCUGGAUUCGCGAUACAGGCCCAGUCUAUGUCCACGAUGCCACGGGAGACCUAGACGCACGGCAGCGGCUAGCUAUUGACUUCAAGUUCAAUGAAUGGGGGAAUAAGAACGGGUGGGAGGGGACACAUGGUCACUACCGCUAUGGCAACCCCUCGAUGACCAAGAAGGAAUUGCAGGAGAAUGCUGAUUUCGCACUCAAUGUGAUAUCUUCUGAUCAAUUACCAUCACCUGCGCAGCGAGUUGUGCCCAAGAUCCGAACUGAGGGCGGGGGCUUGGUCGUUGAUGGAGACGGCACGCUCAUCGUCGCGGAAAGCUACAUGAUCUGUGAGCAGCGGAACCCGGGGCAAAGUCGGGAUGAGAUUGAACAGGAAUUGCGACGCCUCCUGGGGGUUGAGAAAGUGAUCUGGGUCCCUGGGCGCAAGAAUCUCGACAUUACCGACUGUCAUUUAGACGCCGAGGUGCGGUUCGUACAACCGGGAGUAGUGGUCCUGACGCGUCAUAGCCCUGACGCAGUGGAUGGACCAGAAUGGAUGAAAUGCGGGCAGGAGAUCUUGCAGACGUUGCGGAACGAGACUGAUGCCAAAGGUCGUCAGUUCGAAAUUCAUUUCAUCGACGAGCCAGACCCGAAAAGUCUUGGGAUCUCGCCGCAGGAUGAGUUUGUCUCGUCGUAUCUCAAUAGCUACUUCUGCAAUGGUGGGCUUAUCAUCCCCGCGUUUGGAUCGGAGGUUCACGAUCGGAAAGCUCUAGAGACCUGGCAGUCUCUCCUGCCAGACCGUAAAGUGCGACAAGUUCCUCUUCGUACGAUCCCACUUAGUGGAGGUGUUAUCCACUGCGUUACCCAGCAGGUGCCUGCGCCACGAGCGUAA